AUGAAAGACAGCGAAUUCGUUGGAGGAAAGCUAAAACUGAAGGAUUCGAAAAUUAAAAAAGGCAGCAGUCACUCCAAGGAGUCCAAGUACACAGCUGGACGAGAUGGCAAAAAAAAAAAAAAAAAAUACAGCGAAGACAAAACGGAGAGGAGUAAUUACGAUGAAGAAAAUGGGACAGCGUACAAUGACCAAGGGAUGGACUAUGACAUGAGUGCAGAUGGAAGAACAAGUGUACGUGAAGGUGACAUGGGGACUGGGAAGGAUGGCACGGGAAAGCUAGCCGAUGAAACAAAAUUGAAGGAAGUUUUGCAACUGAACUUAACCGAGGCGGAAAAGGCCUAUCAGCUGGUAUUAAAGAAAAGGGAGAAGCAACGAAUUGAAAGCAUUUUGAAGGAGAGUUACCGUGAGAGGUUGCAGAAGUUUAAUGACAACUUAGCUUCCCUCAGCGAGCACUUCGACAUUCCGAAGGUUGGGCCUGGCUAG